AGGGACAGUAGCAGACAAUGGUGGACAUAUUCACCUUCAGUCCUACAACAUUGUUGCUGUGUGUGGCUGUGCUAGUUUUGUUAUGGCUGUUAACGCGGCGGCCCUCUGGGCUCCCUCCCGGUCCCCCUCUCCUCCCGUUUGUGGGGAAUGUACUCUCCAUGGGCUCCGAUCCCCGGAUCACGUUUAGGAAACUCAGGCAACAAUAUGGCGACAUCUUCAGUGUUUACAUGUUCAACACACCAGUCAUAGUCCUUAACGGCUACAGCACUCUGAGAGACGCCAUUGUCAAGAGAGCCGACGUUUUUUCUCACAGGCCACACACAACGUUAACUGACUUCAUUUCAAAAGGGAAAGGUGUGGCCGGGACCUCUGGUGAUCUGUGGCCCGAACAAAGACGCUUCACCCUCAACACUCUGAGGGAGUUCGGAGCAGGCAGGAACAUCAUGGAGGACAAAAUACAGCUGAAAUCUCACAGUUUAUCGAGGCCUUUGAGACAGAACGAAGUCAAGGGUUUGACUGCACACGUCUGGUGCAUAACGCAGUAUCCAAUGUCAUCUGCUCUAUUAUUUUCGGAAAGCGAUUUGAAUAUACAGACCCAAUUUUUAUUAAAUUUUUAACAGCUAUGGAAGAAAUUAUGGCAAAUCUGGGUUCAGCUGGAGUGAUGAAUGUGCUGCCUGCUGUGCGUUUUCUGCCAGGGGAUCUGUUCAAAUUUAAGAAGUCUGUG